AUGUCCGACUCCGCUCGCAAGGAUUUCUCUACCAAGGCCAAGGAGGAGAUUACUCCUGACUCCACCAAGUCUACCCAGGACAAGGUCAAGGAGACCGUCACCGACACCGGCGACCGCAUCGCUCGUGGCGUCCAGCCCGAUGACAACAAGGGUGGCGCUCAGCAGGCUUUCGACAAGACCCAGCGCGCUUCUGACAAUGAGGCUCAUGGCGGUGCCAGCAACUCCAUUGGCGACAAGGUCAAGAACGCCCUUGGCAUGAACAACAACUAA